AUGGUACCUCAGCUUAAGUUCCUUAACAGAACCCUAAACCCUAAACCCAGGAUUGCAUCCCAGCUCGGCCUAGACAGAGGCCAUGUGGCUGGGGCAGUCCGCCUCUUCCAGGAAGGUAGCACGCUGCCUUUCAUUGCGCGGUACCGGAAGGAGCAGACGGGCUCCAUGAACGAAGAGGACCUGCGCCGGGUAGAGCGCGAGAUGAAUCGCGUGAAGGACUUGGAGACGAAACGCGCUCGGGUGGCGCUGGCCCUACAACGGGGGAAGCACCUGACCCCGGAUCUGAGUGAAAGUCUGCUUCAGGCAGAGAGCAUCGAGGACAUCGAUGGCUUGUGGGCUCCGUUUAAGGCCAAACGUCAGACACGGGCUCAGGUUGCCAAGUCCCUGGGCUUGGAGCCUUUGGCAGCUUUCUUGGAAGAGGCUGCCAAGCAGGUCCCUCCUUCGCAUGUUGAGGCCCCUCCCCUGGAGACCAGCGAGGCUGCUCGGGCUGUCCAAGGCGCAGAAGACUCUGUAGCUGGGGUCAGAGAUGUAUCGCUGGAGAAGACACCCAUGGAGAUAGCCGCGCAGUUCAUUACAGCAGAAGUCCCAGAUGUGCAGGCGGUCUUGAAAGCCGCGCGGGACAUCUUGGCGGAGCAGUUUGCCAACCGUGGAGAUGUGAGGCAGUUGGCGCGCACUGUCUUGGAAAGCAAGGUUAGGGUCCAAGCACGUCGGCGAGGCGAUGCCGACCCGGAGGAACAGUUCAAGACCUACUGGGACUUCAGCGCUCCACUGCGACAAGUGAAGCCGCAUCAGUUCCUUGCGGUGCAGCGCGGUGAGCAGAAGAAAUGUCUCAGCUUGUCUUUCGCCAUCUCGGCCGAAGACUCCACAUCUCUGCUGGAUGCCUUGAUGUCAACCUUCCUGGGCGAUCGUGUGGCACGGCCCCCUGUUGGAACCACCCCCACACCUGUCAGGGCCGCAGCCAAGCAAUCUGGAAGCCCUGCGGGAAGGGCAGCGCACAGAGCAGAGAUCCGCCUAGCACUGGAGGAUGCCUACAAGCGCCUGCUGCUGCCUUUUCUUGAACGUGAGUGGCGGCGGCGCCUCAAGCAGCAAGCGGAGGACGAGGCCUUUGACACCUACCGGCGCAACCUCAAAAAGAAGUUGAUGUUAGUUCUGGGCGUCGACCCUGCCUUCCGCACUGGCUGCAAGUGUGCUCUCAUUUCGUUGACCGGCCAAGUCUUGGCAACCAAGACGCUCUUCCCACAUCCGUCCUACCCUGGAGCUGCUGUGCCAACACCACAGGCCGAGGCAGCCAACACCGGCUUCCAGGAGCUGCUCACGCAAGGCAGGGAAUGCCAGGACAAGUUGGAGGAAGCCGAACCACCGCAGAAGAGGCGACGCUUGGAAGGCAGGGUCGUCUGCAGCUUGGGCAAUGGUACUGCCAGCAGGGAAACAGAGGCCUGGCUGCGGCAGCAGCUAAAGCAGCAGGAGGUGCAUGAGUCUGUCGGCUAUGCUGUGGUGGAUGAGUCUGGGGCCUCCAUCUACAGUGCUUCGAAGCUGGCUGGGGGGGAGCUUCCACAUCUCGACGUCUCAAUGCGUGGGGCGGUGUCCAUCGCUCGGCGCCUCUUGGAUCCGUUGUCCGAGCUGGUGAAGAUUGACCCGAGGAGCAUCGGGGUGGGUCUCUACCAGCAUGAUGUGGACCAAAAGCGCUUGCACGAAGAACUGCGAGGAGCCAUG